AUUGGCGAGAAACACAAGGAAGUGAACACAGUCUCAAGAACAAAAUCAGUCUUUGGACGUUUUUAUUUUAAUAAAAAAAGGCAAAUGUGCUGGAGGAAAUGACCACGUUGACGAAGCGUAACCGUCGAUCGGAGCCUCCAGCGGAGAGAUGGAGCAACGCUGAGGAAGAGGAGGAGAAGAAGAGAGAGGAGGAAGAAGAAGAAGAGGACACCGACUGCAAAACACUGAGACUCACACUGAUGGAGGAGAUCCUGCUGCUGGGACUCAAAGAUAAAGAGGGCUACACGUCCUUCUGGAACGACAGCAUCUCGUCAGGUCUGCGCAGCUGUAUGCUGGUAGAGCUGGGGCUGCGGGGCCGCAUUCAGCUGGAGCCCCAGGGGACCCGGCGGAGGAAACUGCUGGAGCGCAAGGUGUUGUUGAAGUCUGCUGCACCCACUGGAGAUGUGCUGCUGGAUGAAGCUCUCAAACACAUCAAGAACACUGAACCUGCAGAGAACAUGGCCAGCUGGAUAGAGCUGCUGACCGGUGAGACCUGGAACCCCAUGAAGAUGCACUUCCAGAUGCGUAACGUGCGCGAGCGUUUAGCGAAGAGUCUGGUGGAGAAGGGUGUUUUGACCACGGAGAAGCAGAACUUCCUGCUGUUCGACAUGACGACACACCCGCUAACGGACCGCACAGAGAAGGAGCGACUGCUGCAGCGGGUUCAGGACAGCCUUCUAGAUCGCUGGACCAACGACUCACGACGCAUUAGCCACCGCAUGCUAGCACUGCUACUGUUAGCACAUGUGUCUGACGUGCUGGAAAACGCACUGUCCUCGCUGCCCGACGAGUGCUACGAGCUAGCAUCGACACGCUCUCGAACCCUGCUGGAAGCCGACCCGGACCAGGAGAGCAGCCGAGUGUCCAGCCCCGCCGAGGAGAUCGUCUGGGCCAUCCUGGCGGCAUUCAACAAGUCCUGAGAGAAGCUCCCUACAUAGACAGCAUAUCUACAGCUGAGCCCUUACUAGUGAGCACAUCCAGCCUUAAACAGACAGCAUUACUAUAGCUGAGCUUUCACGACUGACCACAUCUAGACCUACAUAGACAGCAUCACUACAGCAGAGCCCUUACUAGUGAGCACAUCUUGCACUCUAGUUCUUACUAGUGAGCACAUCUUGCCAUACAUUGACAGCAUCAAUACAGCAGAGCCCUUACUAGUCCCUACAUCCAGCCCUACAAAGACAGCAUUACUACAAUAGAGCCCUUACUAGUGAUCAUAACCAGCUCUACAUAGAUAGCAUCAGUACAGCAGAGCCCUUAUUGGUGAGCACAUCCAGCACUACAUUGACAGCAGAGCCCUUACUAGUCACCACAUCCAAAAGACAGCAUCAGUACAGAAGACCUCUAACUGGUGAGCACAUCCCCCUCUACAUUGAUAGCAUCAGUACAGCAGAGAGCCCUUACUAGUGACCACAUUCAGCCCUACAUAGGUAGCAUCACUACAGCAGAGCCCUUACUGGUGAACUCAUCUAUUCCUACAUAAACAGCAUCAAUAAAACAGAGCUUUUACUAGUCUCCACACCCAGCCCUACAUAGAAAGCAUUACUACAGCUGAGCCCUCACUAGUGACCCCAUCUAUCCCUACAUUGACAGCAUCACAACAGAGCCCUUAUUAAUGUCUGAUAACAAGCCCUUGGCAGUGGCCACAUCCGUCCCUAGGUAGACAUCAUCACUACAACUGAGAACUCUCUACUAGUGAGCACAUCUGCCUCUACAAAAGUCAUCAUUACUACAGCUGUGCCCUCACUAGUGACCCAAAUAAAGUCCUCACUAAUUACUUACACACACCCAUACAGUGUUCCAUCUGCUACACUACACUUGAGCCCUCACUAGUGAGCCACAUUCAACCCUACACACACACAGACAACAUUAAAGCCAUACACAAGUUUAUACAGGUGGCACUGUGGGCUCACAGCAAGAAGGUCUCUGGUUUGAGUCCCGGCUGGGUCAGUUGGUGUUUCUGUGUGGAGUUUGCAUGUUCUCCCCCUGUUGGCGUGGGUUUCCUCCGGGUGCUCCGGUUUCCCCCACAGUCCAAACACAUGCGCUAUAGGGGAACUGAUCAACUACACUGGCCAUAGUGUGUGUGUGUGUGUGUGGGUUGCAGCUGGAAGGGCAUACUCUGUGUAAAACAUAUGCUGGAAUAGUUGGCGGUUCAUUCCGCUGUGGCGACCCCUGAUUAUUUUCUGUAAUUUGGUGUAGGUUGUGUGGGAGCAGGGAUCAGCACAAACAUGCAAUAUAUAGAUAUGUAAAUAAAGACAUUUUAUGAUUUAUGUAAUGUAAGAUUAAUUCAGGGGUUUUGUUUUUAUGAAUUAUUAAUUUAAAUGUAAACUGCUAUGAAUGUUUAAAUUAUAACUUAUUACAUAUUUUUUGGGGCAAAGACUCAAUUUACAGAUUAAUUUACAGAAUAUUUUCAUAACUGAAAAGUGAAAUAAUAAGAUUAUUUUGUCAAAAAUCUGUGUGUUUGAUGGAUGAGAUGAAGGAUUGUUGUUGAGAGUUUACUGUUUCUUACAUGAUGACCAUCAGGAUGUUUAAUACUGACAUUUAUUAAUAAAUUAUUAAUAUUUCGCAC